AAAUUGGGUAUUGAGAGAAAACCCUUAGUAAGAUAAGAAGAGUACAGCUUCACUAGACAUGAAACGUCCCCUCGAGGAACAGGGUGAUGACUCACAAAAAAACCCUAUCGUGUUCCUCGAUUUCACAGUUGAUGAUGAAAAAGUGGGGCGUGUUGUGUUAGAGCUAUUCAAGAAUGUAGCUCCAAGGACAGUAGAAAAUUUCAGAGCUCUAUGUACUGGGGAGUAUGGGACUGGAUUGAAUGGAAAGCCUUUGCACUAUAAAGGCUCUAUCAUCCACAAAGUGAUCCCACAGUGCAUGAUUCAAGGUGGAGAUAUCAUAAACUUUGACGGAUCUGGUGGAGAAAGUAUUUAUGGGCCUCACUUUGAAGAUGAGAGUUUUGAGAAAAAAAAUACUGAGGCUGGAUACCUUGUCAUGGUUAAUGAAGGAUCAAGAAACUCAAAUAGCUCCCAGUUUGUUAUUACUUCUAUUCCUUGCCCACAUCUAGAUGAGACAAAUGUUGUUUUUGGAAAAGUACUUAAAGGAAUGGGUAUUGUGACAGAACUAAACGAAGUUCCAACCAUAAAAGAUGUUCCACAGCAGGUAAUUCGCAUUGUGGACUGCGGAGAGCUUGGUCAAGGUAAAUCUUGGGGCUUAGAGGAAGAAGAUGGAACAGCAGAUGUGUAUCCACCUUGGCCGGAUGAUUGGGAUCAUGACUUAUUUGUCGAUAAACUUGAUAAUGUUUACAUGGGAAAUGUUGUGAUGAGAAUUAAAGAUUCUGGUAACCACUAUUUUUCGAAGAAAGAUUACAUAGUUGCAGAGAGAAAAUAUAAAAAAGCGUUAAGAUAUAUCGAUUGGAUGGCAAAGCUGAAGGAUCUAAUUAAACAGCCUGGUGCAAUUGAUCCGGCUGAGCUCAAAGUGCAAACUCUGUCAAAUUUAGCCGCAGUUAAAUUGAAACGCGACCAAUAUAGAGAAGCUUUGAAAAUCUGUAACAAGGUACUGGACUUGGAUAGAAAGAAUUGCAAAGCUAUGUACAGAAGAGGAUUAGCCCAGAUGGGAUUAAAUGAACAUCAACUUGCUCUGAGAGAUAUGAAACAAGCGUUGGAAGGGAUGCCUAAUAAUAAACAAAUAAUCAGAGAAAUGGAUAAAGUCAACAAGGUCAUACAGUCUUAUUUGGUAUACGAGAAAAAAAUAUGCUCGAAAAUGUUCAAAUAACUCAACGUGUCAUUGCUUCGUCCAGAGGAGCAGACUUCUGUAAUCAUGAUUAUAUUGGUUCUCUAUGCCUCCUUUAUCUUUGCCUUGAAGCACCACGAAUACUUGGGUGUGUGAAGAACACAUGGCUGAUGAUAAUACAAACAGAUUAAUAUUCGCAGUUGGCGAUUGGACGACUCAUAAAAAUAUCGAGUUCUAUAGAGGCGUUGGAAUUGAAAUUCGAGGUAAAUUAAUAAUAUAUGAUUAUCUUACAAUGGCAUUCGUUAGAAAUUUGGUAUCGUUAUGAAACUAUAGGGUAAGAGAAUCGUUUGCAGGAUUUUCGUGAGUUGAAUGUUUUGGAGUAUUUAGGAUUUUAUAAAAGUAAGACAAAAAGCAAUGUUGGACGACAACGAAAGGCUACAAAGUUUAAAAAUCGGGACACAAAGUGAUUAUAUUAUGUAUUUAUUUGCUCGUGAACGUGCCGUUUGUGCAUAUAUGGAAUCAUUGUCUGUAUAUUUUGUCUGUAUGAAUUAGAUAUAUAUGAUAUUACAUAGUAAUCUGGUUACCAAUUGGAUUUUUGAUUUAAUUCAGUCGAAGACACAAGUGUAAUGGUUAGCGUAAUGGUGGAUAUUUUUCCCAAGAAACUAUAAUUAUUAAACAAUGGUGUAUUUCCCCUUAAUAUGGAAAAUAAUUUACCUAUGCCAUGAUGGAUAGUGGCUUCUUCACAGAAAAAAAUUAUCCAUGAUCAAAAUUAUCUGAUUCAUACAGACCUUCUAGUAUCACUAACUACUGAAAUGAUUAAUAAAAAUUAUUGUACAUUUUUAA